GCGCCUCAUUUGACGCUCCACCCUCCGCACGCGGAGGGAUCGAUCCGUUCUCUUUCUCACGUGUUCUCUCAUUAUUUCCUCUUCUCCACCUCUCUGGUCCUCUCUUUUAUCGUCGGAUUCUGGCGCGACCGAUCCAGUCUCUUCUUGAUUCGGAUUCUUCCCGGUUCCUUUCCGGUACUUUCGAGGAUCUCGCGGACCUUUGGCGAAGGAUAUAUCAAGCAACAAUGUUUCGUUCGAUAAUGCAAACAUUGGCCUUUCUUUACAAGCCUUAUGCGUUGGCUGUAUUGUCCAUCGGCUAUGUUCUAGCAGAAUUAGGUCAUUUUGUAAUAGGUGUAACGAGCAAAGAUAUCGCCGAGGAUCUGCAUUACGGAGAUAUUUCCUGCCAAUUUAAUUCGACAACACUGUGGCUGGUCGACCUCCCGGUGCAAUGCGAAACUGCGAAGAAUUCCACCUACUGCGAGUCCCUGGAAUUGAACGGAUCUCAUUACUGCGAGUGGAAUUACAACGGCCUCGGCCUGGACUAUCAAAUCCUAGCGGGACCUAGCUUCAUCGCGGUCUAUACGAUCGUCGGUAUUAUCCUGGGCAUUGCGGCUGAUAGAUAUAACCGAGUGAGGCUGCUGACGGUUUGCACUUUGGUCUUCAGCGUUGCAAUCUUUCUGAGCGGAGCGGUGAAGGAAUACUGGCAGCUUCUUAUUCUACGAAUGGUCCUGGCGGCGGGGGAGGCAGGAUGCAAUCCGAUGGCGACUGGUCUUCUGUCCGAUUGGUUUGAGGAAGACCAACGUGGCCUUGUCAUGUCCAUGUUUAAUUGGGGCAUUUACGGUGGUUACGGUAUCGCCUUUCCGGUCGGUCGCUACGUGCCCGAACUAAACGUCUGGGAUCUGGGAUGGCGAGCCUGUUAUUACGGCGCCGGUGUGAUCGGCUUAAUCAUCGCCGUCCUCACCGGUCUGACACUCACCGAGCCGGAGAGAAAGACGAUCGGCGAGGAGGCCAACGAUGGGAAGCAAGUAUCGAUUUGGAAAGCGCUACUGCAACCGCGAAUUAUUCUCUUAUGCCUCGCAGCCAGCAUCAGACAUUGCGGUGGCUUGUGCUUCGCUUACAAUUGUGACCUAUACUACCGGGAUUAUUUCCCGGAUUACGAUCUGGGUUGGUGGCUUUUCGCUGUCACGAUCGUCAUCGGCAGUAUCGGUGUCGUGGCCGGCGGGAUAAUUAGCGACAAGUUUGUGGCGAAAAUGGGAAUUCGGUCGCGCGUAGCUUGUUUGGCAAUUAGUCAGAUAAUUGCGACGCCGUUCGCAUUCGGUUCGGUGUAUUUUAACCCUCUUUGGGCUAUGAUUACACUGGGAAUUUCUUACUUCUUCGCCGAAAUGUGGUUUGGAAUAUUAUUUGCCAUCGUGGUGGAAAUCGUUCCUCUAAAUCUGCGAUCGACCACCGUCGGCGUCUUUUUAUUUGUCAUGAAUAACAUCGGCGGAAACUUACCGAUAUUAGUCGAGCCCACCAGAAUGGUCAUUGGUUUCCGAGAAUCGUUGUACAUUUAUUAUGCUGGAGCCUACGGCGUCAGUUCCAUUAUGUUCUUCUUCACUAUGUUCCUAAUGGACGGAUCUGCGGAGGUGGAGAGCCAAGUGGACAGGGAAGUGAAGACCGCUUCGUCGGCGUACGACAAUAGCACAUUCACUAACGACGACGGCCAAUUGUCAACAUUGGAGUUACCACGGUUUCCGGCGCGACCGCCGCUCUACGAAAAUUCUCGAUUAUGAGCCGGUUGCUCCAAAAAGUAGCUGUAAAUAAUGCUUCGAAUCAAGCUAAAGUACAAUAGGACGGGGGCGGCAAUAACCCAUUAACUCUUAAUAAGAAAUCAAUUUCAAGAAAAAUGCCAGGAGAAAUGGCUAUAAAUAUACUUACAGCUUUCUUUUUGUUGACGAUAAAAGAAUAUCAAAGUGUGAUAUUUCUUUUGCGUUUUUUGUGUCUCCGUCGAUCGUUGAUGGGUUAAAGUUCCUCGCGUCGAACUGAUUGUGAGACUUGUGAAAUUGUGCGCAAUUUUUUACCAAGCAACAGCUGCGACAAUUAAGAAUUCCGCUGUUUGAAUGUAACGUGUUGCAAAACGCUUUGUAAAUACGAAUUAUUACGUAAGAUUCUUGAUAAGGAAUUGUAUAAAAAGCUUGGUAAACUUCGAGGAUAAUCUUCGUGGUGCGUUUUGCGCUCUUAAAGUAAAUAUUUGUAAUAAAUAAAUUUUAGAAAAAAAUCUGUAUAUAAGAAGAAUUAAAGUAAUUAUAACAUACGCAUUUCACAUAUCUAAUUAGGAAAACGGAUAGAUCCAGGUAUCGCGCGAAAUACAUCCGCACAUCAACUCAGCAUCGAUUGCCUCUCGCAAAAAAUAUAUUUUAUUUAGAAAGUCACAUAAAUUAAUUAAUAUUAAGUGGCGAUUGGUUUCGGUGUUAUCACAUGUUAUAGACAGCCUGUAUUGAGUUCACCAUGACGGAUAAUACAAAACGGCAAUAAUAAUGUA